AUGAUUUCUCUCACAGGCUACAUUGCUGGUGUUCUUUCAGAUAUGAUGAUUCAAUGUGGCAUUAGUGUUCGCAAAAUUAUGCAGUCAAUUGGGUUUUUUGGUCCUGCCAUGGCUCUUGUUUGUUUAACAAUGGCAAGAAGUCCAUUCAUAGCAUCUGCUUGGCUUAGUGUAGCUGUUGGGCUCAAAGCAUUUAGUCACUGUGGAUUCCUUGUUAACCUUCAGGACAUUGCCCCACAAUACUCUGGUGUCCUGCAUCAGCAUGAUAAGUUUGCUUCUGUCUCUCUGCAAAACAAUAUCUCAGACCAAGCAGGUGCUGAAUCAGUCUCAUCCAACUACAUCAGGAAAUUACUUGGUGUCUAUGAUUUCAUAAAGGGUUAG